CAGGGACUGCAAUCUGAUCUCUGUCGCAAUCGCAAUCGAGAUGCCCCUCAACAUCGACAUCGACAACGACAACCUCUCGUAAAACUCCACGAUUGCCAUGCUCAUGCCCAUCCCCGAUCUGAGCCAACAUGGAACGCAAACCCGUACCCGUACCAAAUUCAGGUGCGCCUGCAAUGGCCACUGGCACCUCGCCAGCACAAGCACAAUCACGAGCACCGGUGCCAGCACCAACACCAACACCAAUUGCUCCUGAGGUUCUAGAAUGGGAGCAACCAUCGACGACCAAGAAGGGGGGAUUGUUCAGCAAGUUCAGCAAGUUUAGCCUCUUCGGUGUUUCGGCUCCGACAAAAUCAACGGACGCCUCAAUCGAAGAGGGAACAGUCCAGCCUUUGUCAGAAGAGAAGCAAGUUUCCCAAUCAACCGCCGCUCCUGCUAGAUUAUUUGGGCACAGUCGGAAGAAGGUGCUGACAAUUGGAGGCGUCGCAUUACUUCUCCUCAUACUAAUCUUGGGACUGGGCCUUGGCCUUGGAUUGAAGAAGAAAUCGUGAGUCCGAGUCCUGCACCUUACGACUUAUCCUUCAAUGGCAGAUUGAGUGCGGUCUGAGUGGAGAACACGAUGCUGACUAGUUCCCAGAGAAAAAUACCAAAACCUCCCUCUCCCUGGAAGUUCAUCAAUCCAAACCGGCGACCUCACAUACUACAGUCCUGGACCAGGAUACGGCGCAUGCGGUUUCGAAAAUACCUCGCACGACAGUAUCUGCGCCGUGAGCCAUAUCGUUUGGGAUGCCGUUUCGACGUCGUCGAACCCAAAUCAUAACCCGCUUUGUGGGAAGAUGCUUCGCAUCACGAGGUUUAAUGAAGCCUUGGGACGGAAUAGUAGCGUGGACGUCAAGGUCGUUGAUAGAUGUACCGGAUGCGAACCAAAUGAUAUUGAUUUGAGUCUGGAUAUGUUUACUACCUUGGCUGAUGAGAGCCAUGGGAGAGUUUUGGGGAGUUGGGCUUGGUUGGACUGAGUUGUGGGAACGAUUAAGCGUUGGAUAAUUGGAUAAUGUUUAUACAAGCGGCCACAGGCUGGGGGGUAUGAGGAUGAUUUUCUCACACUUCACAUAAGCCUUUUGGGUGGGGGUCUAUGUGACUCAAGUGGAAGAGGCUGAGGAACUUAGUAGAGUUCGUUCUUGUUCUUUGGAGGAGUAUAAUCGCGAAAGAUACCCAAUAUAGUAAUACAAAAC